GUACUACGUCGACCGUAUAUUACUUUUCAUUUGAUUGACGCCUUUUAUUUUUAUCAAUAAUUGAAGAAAUGAAAAAAUUUAAUUAUUGAUGAAUAACGGACGAUAUUUUCAUGAUAUACACUUUUUUGCUUGUACAAAAUUGAUCGCUUAUCGAUUUUAUAUCACCAUCUUGAUUAUCAGAUGCAAUUUGUAAUCAAUUCAGUUCCAGCAAAGUAAAAUGUCAAGUACCGAGAUGCCUAUAAAUGGAGGAAUUAAAAUAAAAUCGAUAUAAAUUUGAAUCUUCAAUUUUAGUUCACAUUAAUCAGCAGGAUUUAUUUUGCACUUUUUCAGGUUAAAAAUAAAUCUUCAAAUUCUUACAUAUCCAUCCAUCCAUAUUUAUAUCAAUGGCACUGACCUUCCGAUAUAUUUCGGUAUGCGGUGUGUUAUCUUUAUCCGCUCUUGAAUCCGCGCUAGUCACGUAAUAUAUUCUUUGCGGUGCGCCCACUCGCCGCGCUGAAAUCUUAUCUUUUUUUUUCUUUUUCCUCCAAUAUCUAUCAGUUGCGAUUUCUCAUAAAAUCGAGCUACUUCUUUUUCCUUUUCAUUAUUCAACCUGACAUUCCGCCGUGAAUAUUUGAGUAAUGUACAGCUGAUCGUGAGUCAUCGACAUUGGGUUCAUUGUAAAAAGAAAAGUGCCGUUCGUUCAAAAAUUCACUGCCAAAGAUUCUUCAAGCCACAGGAUCUUCUCCUGAUUAGUGAUAUGAAUCAACAACUCAAGAAGACUUUCCUCAUAUACGAAAAUCACGUUAAAUGUCGAGGCAUUCAUUGAAAGCCAAUCAAGUUAAACAAGUCUCUCGAACGGGCCUGGGUUCAUCGGGGGAAAAAAUUUAUUCUCGAAUGAAAGUAACUCACAAUCAGAGGGGACAUAAGGAAAUCUGCAAGACUGAUUAACAUCUUUUAAUAUAAUAUACAAUCAUAAAGGUAUCUUCUCUCCAAUUUCAUUCGCAACAAAAUGUUAGAGCAUAGUCACCACGAACAAGAGUCGGGGGAGAGCGACAUUUACUACAAAGAUGUUGUUAUCAUCGGGAACGGACCCAGUGGUAUAUGCCUUUCGUACAUGCUGGCGGGAAACUGGCCUUAUUACACAGGAGAACCUCACCCCGGCGAUGAAAUGUUGACUGCACGUCUUGCCAGUGAAAGUGGCAGCGGUUUGGCUUCAAAUACACGAUGGGGACUCGAAUGGUUAUCUCUGGGACUGGAAGGCAGGAAUGGCGGAAAACCCCUAUCCAUUUUAAUGGAUCAUUUGCAGCAUCCGUGCACUGACGCAGGACUCGAUUUGCCACCUCUACUAACGUGGCACCCACCUGGUACAAAUGGUGAAUCGGCAAACCACAAAGUUUUCGAUCACGUUGUGCUGGGCAAAGGUCCACCUGGCGGUUCUUGGCAGGCAAUGGAUCCCAACGUGUUAACGAUCAGUCUGAGCAGAUGGAUGUCUUUGCCUGGUCUCGAUUUCAGGAGUUGGGAAUUGAUGGUAGAAGCCGAACAGCGCGAAGCACACGAUCAGACUCUGGCCGCUAUGGGAGCCUCUAAUUUAGUCACAAAUUACUCAUAUUUGACCCAUGAAAAAGUGAGCAGCUCUAAAGGAUUAGGGAGAGUUUUGGUCGGUACAGUAGCCAAAUACUUCAGGGACUAUGUGCGCCGACAAAAGCUAGAAAAAUAUUUUUGGUGUGGAACGACUGUGACGUCUGUAAGACCAGCGCACAAUGAAAACGAUGGUGAUAACGCACAAAACGCAACGGAAUACGGAUGGCUGGUAGAAGGUGUAGAAAAUGACACCGGAAAACGUUUUCAGUAUCGAUGUAAGAGGGUAGUUCUAGCAACAGGCGCAACGGACUAUUCUAAUCGUUUAGGACUACCUGGCGAAGAUUCUAGCUAUAAAUGGCUUACUCACGAUCUCAACGAUCUAGAAACAAAACUCGAUGCUAUAGCUACGCAACAUCGCAGGGAAGGUGGACCAGUUGAUCCAGUUUUGAUUGUCGGAGCAGGUCUGAGUGCGGCAGAUGCGGUAACAGCUGCUCGAUUCAAAGGUAUACCAGUCCUACAUGUUUUUCGGAGGAACUACAACAACGGUAUCAACAAUACGGAAGAUUGGCCCAACAAUAAUGGCAAGGGAACCAACAGUGGCAGUGACAGACUGCGCUGGCUCCCUCCGUCUAUGUACCCCGAGUACCACAAAGUUUACGAAAUGAUGGCUGAUGGAGGAACCAAUUAUCCCUUGUAUCAAGCUCUUGCGAAUUACAAUCUUGUCGACCUACAUCCUCAUUCGGAUUUCUCAAACAAUGAGAAGAAAUUUGUUACCUUAUGCGCACCUAAUGGAGAACUUGAAUCAUUCGCGGUCUCAGUUGUGGCCAUCCUAAUUGGCUCGCGACCGGACCUAUCAUUCUUGGAUAACGGUGGUCUUGGACUAGGAACGGAUCCGACCCGCCCUACCGAUGGACGAUCAAAUCCUAUCCUAGUGGAUGAUUUUACGUACGAAGUAAAGCAUGCACCAGCUAAAGGUCUAUACGCCCUUGGACCUCUCGCAGGGGACAAUUUCGUUCGUUUUAUUCCGGGCGGAGCCUUUGGAGUUCUCACACACAUACUGAACACAUUAUCUAAUACGAUCCAGAGAGCCAAAAAAAAAUGAAGUAUCAGUGAUGGCGAGCGAUGCGUGACAACAUCCUUGCUAAGUGAGUCUUAUCUUCAUCGGGUAUCUCUUCAGAUCAACUUCAACCACCUCGACGUGCUAUUCACUUCAUUUGCUCAAAAUACGGUGUUAAUAACGUAAUCGACUAAUGUUGCUGUGUUGACGUUAUUGCCAGACAAGUUUGUUAUCCAAAUUACCUUAUGUUUGGAGAGUAAGCAUUUUUUUUUUUUUUUUACAUAUGUUACUUAGAUCAAUUUUAUAUUGUAUUUAUUUAUUCUCACAAAUAAUCAUGGCGACAAAAUUAUUUAUUUAUAUACGAAUAUCUUGUUGAAUGUUCGUUUAAAAUGAUUCAGCGAUAACAAUGUCAGCGAUAAACUGAUUUUGUUUGAGAUUUUCUCAGUGAUCGACGCAGGCUAUAUGGUUUGUCAAUCUGUGAUAAUUUGAGAACACAAUACCUGGCCUUGUUUUGUAUUUCACUAGAUAGUUUAUGAAAUAGCUAAUGAUAUUAAACUAUAUUUAUCAAAA